GUGUGCUCAUCUACACAUACCUCUCUUUAAUCCUACAUAUGAAACUCUGGUGCUAGAAAUCGUUAACAGCAAUCCAAGCCAUUUUUCAACUAAGACUGAUCCAAAACACCCUCUGAUUGUUGCUCCUCAUUCCACCACAAAAGUACCUGUGCAGUUCUGUCCAUCUGCCCUUGGAAAAGGCAAUCACAAGGCAUCAAUCACCUUCAAAUGUUCACAGCUUAAAGAGUGGAUCUUUUACCUUUCGGGAAUUGGUCUUCCUCCUCAGCUGAUGGAACCAACCAACAUAAGUGCAUGCAUCGGCCAGCAGUCUGCUGUCAAACUGUCCUUCAGAAAUCCAACUUCUGAAAACGUGUUGAUAGAUCUAGUGCUGACAGGAAUCCUAUUAGCUCCAAAAGAAAAACUGGACAUCCCAGUGUUAUUCAUGCCAGAUACAAUGCAGAUGUAUAAGGCUGUGGUGGUAAUUCAUGUAAUGAGGCAGAAUGGUGAAAACUGGCCCUAUGAAGAUUCUGCUGAAUUAAAUAAAGAUUUAAAAAGCCAAGGCAAAGUCUUCCUUUUUCCUGGCUUCCUCUGUGGUCUUGAAGGCCUGGGACUCCUGAGGGCUGGCCUUAACACUGUGGUACGCUGUCGAGCCAGGCAGAGAUUAGAAAGAAGAGUAGAAGUGCCACUGAGUGGUGUAGUUCUUGGUGCAACUGCUAUGCCUGCUGCAAGAAAUUCUGCCAUGGUCAAUACAAGUCAGACAGCCACUGUCCAAGAAGGCGUUCAAGUCACUAAUGGUUUCUCUGCAACAGUGAAAUUUCUGUAUGAAUUACAAUAUGAAUCAAAUGAAAUUAAAUCUCAACUUGAAUCUUUAGUUGGUGUGCAUCUGGUUCAAACAGAACAGGAUACAGAAUCUGGAAUCACAGUACUGAUCUUUAAUAUAGUGUUUACGCCUAGCAAACCAAUGAGGAAUAAAGCAACUCUAGUAGUACAGAGCACUACAGGAGGUGUUUGGAAGUUUCCAAUGCUGUUCAUUGCUAUGGAGCCAGAAGUGGAUGAUGUCAUCAACAUUGAAGCUGUUGGCCUGAAUAAAGAAUCUAUAGUUGGCUUUAAGCUUACAAGCCAGACAAGCUACCCGGAGCCUUUCACUGCAUGCUUCCUGGCAGGCAGCGAUCCUGACUUCAGUGUUCUGCCACAAACUGGAGAACUUCUUCCAGCAGGCACUGUGGGAACCCAUAUAACGGUGGGAUUCAAGCCGAGGAUGUAUGGCAAGAAGCAUAAAGCAACACUUGUAAUUCAGACACAAUCAAUGCAGUGGAUGUAUGAUAUCAAUGGGCUGCCUCCACAGACUGUACCACAUACAAGCCCAGCAAAAGUUGUUUCUACCAGCAGUUACAUAAGAUCAGCCACAGUUCGACAGCGCAACUUUAUACUUGAAAACCUGAAACUUAUAACCACUGGAGUAUCCUCACCAAUCAAGGGGGCACCUUUGCUCCUGAGGACAAAAUAUAGAAAGUUGUGA